AGUAUGUUGUACUGUAUGUGAUUAAAUGCAUUAGAGAAUCAUGAAUACAUAAUACUGAUUAAGUUUCAGCAAAAGGAUAGAUUAGAGUUUAGAUUCGCGAGUCAGCCCCCAACGUUCAUCAAAAGAUCCGGCUCAAAGAUUCGACUCAUUUCUGAACGACUCAUCACCUGCAAUGAAUCCUCCUUCCUAAAGUGAAAGCGUUUCUCUCUCAGACUCCAUUUUGUGGAGCGAUUUUAAACUUUUAAAGAAACCUUUAAAGCAGAAACGGUGAUAUUAAUGUCACACAACAAGGGCUGUUGACUAAAGGAGUGUGCUCCAUUUCAGCAGAAGAGAUCAGACUCUUCAGGACUCAACUGUGUGUUUGUGCAAACUUUAAUAAUUUUCAAAGAUGGAGACUCCUGAUCUGGACACAGAUAAUGUUUCCCCACACUCAAAAACCAGUAAACUUCAAGGAAAGAGAUCAGAAUCACCAGCACCCAGCUGUAUCUCCAUGAAGAGUGAUGGGUCUAUGGAUCUUCCUCUGAUGUUUAAAGAUGGAGACUCCUCACUUCGACACAGUGUUCCACAGAGAGCAAGAGACAGAAUAGAAAAGAUCACCAUCACAGAUGCAGGGCACGACCCAGAAUCUGCUUCUGUGAAUGAAUUCCAGAAAAAGUUCAAAUUAAACCUGAUGAAGAAGUUUGAGUGUUUGAAUGGAGUGAUAAUAAACCUGGGAAACCAAACACUCCUGAAUGAGAUCUACACAGAGCUCUACAUCACAGAGGGAGACAGUGGAGAAGUCAAUAAAGAACAUGAGGUGAGACAGAUCGAGGCAGCAUCCAGGAGAACAACAACAGAGGAAACACCAAUCAAAUGCAACGACAUCUUUAAGCCCUUAUCUAAAAAAGACAAACCCAUCAGAACUGUGCUGACAAAGGGAAUCGCUGGCAUCGGAAAAACAGUCUCUGUGCAGAAGUUCACUCUGGACUGGGCUGAAAGGAAAGCAAAUCAGGACAUCCACCUCAUAUUUCCACUUCCUUUCAGAGAGCUGAAUCUGAUGAAGGACCAGAAACUGAGCCUGAUGGAGCUCCUUCAUGUCUGUUUUAAUGAAACAAAAGAAACAGAAAUGUCCAGUUUGGAAAAGGUUCUGUUCAUUUUUGACGGAUUGGACGAGUGUCGUUUUCCUCUAGAUUUCCAGAACACAGUGAGAGUGUGUGAUGUAACUGAAUCAGCAUCAGUGCAUGUGCUGCUGAUAAACCUGAUCAAAGGGAAUCUGCUUCCCUCUGCUCUCAUCUGGAUCACCUCUCGACCAGCAGCAGCUGAUCAAAUCCCCUCCGAGUGUGUCCAUCGAGUCACAGAGGUACGAGGGUUCAAUGACCCACAGAAGGAGGAGUACUUCAGGAAGAGAAUCAGUGAUCAAAGCCUGGCCAAUAACAUCAUCACACACCUGAAGUCAUUAAGAAGCCUCUACAUCAUGUGCCACAUCCCAGUCUUCUGCUGGAUUUCAGCCACUGUUCUAGAGAGAAUGUUGGGUGAAGCAGAGAGUGGAGAGAUCCCCAAGACUCUGACUCAAAUGUACACACACUUCCUCAUCAUUCAGACAAACAUCAUAGGAGAAAAGUACUCAAAGAAGCAGGAGAGUGAUGAAAUACUUCUUAAACUGGGUCAACUGGCUUUUCAGCAGUUGAAGAAAGGGAACCUGAUCUUCUAUGAGGAAGACCUGAGAGAGUGUGGCAUUGAUGUGAGAGAAGCAGCAGUGUACUCAGGUGUGUGUACGCAGAUCUUCAGAGAGGAGUUUGCGCUUCACCAGAGUAAAGUGUACUGCUUUGUUCAUCUGAGCAUUCAGGAGCACCUCGCAGCUCUGUAUGUGCACCUGACAUUCAUGAUGGAAAAGAGAAACGUUCUUAUACAGCAUCAGGUCUCUAAAUGGUGGAUGGAAAAAAUGACAAUCUCAGAGGUACACAAGAGUGCUGUAGAUCAGGCUUUAGAAAGUCAGACUGGACAUCUGGAUCUUUUCCUUUGCUUUCUUCUGGGUUUCUCACUGAAGUCCAAUCAGAAACUCUUACAUGCCUUAGUAACACAGACAGGAAGUAGCUCACAGAGCAUAGAGGAAACAGUUCAGUACAUUAAGAUGAAGAUCAGUGAAGAUCUUCCUACAGAGAAAUCCAUCAAUCUGUUUCACUGUCUGAAUGAACUGGGUGAUCAUUCUCUAGUGGAGGAAAUCCAACACUACCUGAAAUCUGGAAAACAAAGUGAAUUCUCUUCUUCACAGUGGUCUGCUCUGGUGUUUGUGUUACUAACAUCAGCACAGGAUCUGGAAGAAUUUGACCUGAAUAAAUAUUUCAGUACAGAUAAGAUACCAGAAACUGUUCUUCUGAAGAUGAUGCCUGUGAUUGCAGCCUCCAGAAAAGCAAUUAUCAGGUGUGAUUCACUUGGAGUGAGAAGUUGGUCAGCUUUGGUCUCAGCGCUCAGGUCAGUAACCUCCAAUCUGAGAGAACUGCAUCUGACUGUGAAAACACUGGAUCUGACUGGGGAUAAACGAGGAGACUCAGAAUUGAAGCGUCUCUGUGCUGGACUGGAGAAUCCUCACUGUAAAGUGGAGACACUGAGGUUGCAGUACUGUGGUGUCUCAGAUGAAGGCUGUGCUGCUCUGACUUCAGCUCUGAGAUCAAACCCCUCACACCUGAGAGAACUGAAUCUGUCCUGUAAUAAUGUAGGAGACUCAGGAGUGAAGAGUCUCUCUGCUGUACUGGAGAGUCCUCUCUGUAAACUGGAGAUACUGAGGUUGUGUGGUUGUGGUGUCUCAGAUGAAGGCUGUGCUGCUCUGACUUCAGCUCUGAGAUCAAACCCCUCACACCUGAGACAACUGAAUCUGUCCUGGAAUAAUGUAGGAGACUCAGGAGUGAAGAGUCUCUCCGCUGUACUGGAGAAUCCUCACUGUAAACUAGAGAUACUGGGGUUGGAGUGUUGUGGUGUUUCAGGUGAAGGCUGUGCUGCUCUGACUUCAGCUCUGAGAUCAAACCCCUCACACCUGAGAGAACUGCAUCUGUCCUAUAAUAAAAUAGGAGACUCAGGAGUGAAGAGUCUCUCUGCUGUACUGGAGAAUCCUCUCUGUAAACUGGAGAUACUGAGGUUGAGUGGUUGUGGUGUCUCAGAUGAAGGCUGUGCUGCUCUGACUUCAGCUCUGAGAUCAAACCCCUCACACCUGAGACAGCUGGAUCUGUCCUUUAAUAAUGUAGGAGACUCAGGAGUGAAGAGUCUCUCUGCUAUAUUGGAGAAUCCUCACUGUAAACUGGAGAUACUGAGGUUGUAUAAGUGUGGUGUCUCAGAUGAAGGCUGUGCUGCUCUGACUUCAGCUCUGAAAUUAAACCCCUCACACCUGAGAAAACUGCAUCUGUACAAUAAUAAAAUAGGAGACUCCGGAGUGAAGAGUCUCUCUGCUCUUAAGGAUGAUAAACAUUACAAACUACAGACACUGUGGGUGUGAUGAACAUCUGUGUGUGUGAUGAAGACUCUGGUGUUCCUGCAUUUCACUGAUGGGGAAUAGAGAACACAUUUUUAAACACAUCACUCAUUUAAUUAUAACACAUUAAACAGACUCAGAGACGUGAGACAUAUGUGCUCAUCAUGCACAGUGAAUCAGACUGCACACAAUUCUACACUGAGUGUAGAACGACCUCUGACCCCUGGAUAAAAUUCCCCAGAUCUCAUUCUCAUAAAACACCUGAGGGAUUAUUAGGAACAGCAGGUGAAAAAGCACAUGACCUCGAGCUGAACCCAGUCAGUGGAAGAGAGAGCUAAAAUGGACAGGAACAGUUUCAAGACAUUGGUGGAUUUCUCACCUGACAGGAUUGGCAUCUGAGGAGUUUAAUGAGUAUUUAACAGGAAUUUUAUAGCAAAAUAAUUUUGAACACAAAUUUAUAUAACAACCAAAUAUUUUGUUACACUGUGUAUUUUUGUAGAGAAAAGUAAAAAUAUAAAUCACCCCAACAUGCUGAGUCAACAUCAUAACCCAACCUUGAUGAGAUAAAACAGCCCAGACUGAGUCGGUCCACAUUGUCCCCAGCACUGGAUUUCAGAAUCGACCCAAACUGGGUUCUGUUUAACUCAGCAAUUUUAGAGUGCACCUUUUUGAGGAGACUCAACUGGGAAUGAGUGUAUAUGAGUACAAACACCUUCUUUCUGUUGUGUAUCUUUUUAUAUUCUUCCCUCUCUCAUCUUUUUAGGCAGGUCAGUAGUGGAAUCUUUUUUCAUGUGUACAUUGUAGACUGUUUUUAUUAAUUGAGAGUGUACUUAAAUAAAAUGCCUUACCCAUCCCAA